AUCCCACUCCCACCCCGCAGUUCCGCACAACAGAUUGGAGUUGGAGGAAGGGAGCGUCGCCCCCUCGUCGUCCUCGCCUAAAACCCUCGCCUCCCUCCACCGGUUCCCCUCCUCUCCUUCACGCGACGACGUCUAGCCGAGCAAUCGGUUCCACCCAAGGCUCUCGAGGCGAUGGUGGACGCGUGGUGGCCCCUGCUGGGCGCGGCGGUCCCGGCGCUGGUGGCGGGCCAGUUCAUCCGCAUCAAGCGCCGCCGCGACGAGGAGCAGCGCCUCAAGGCGGCGCGCGGCCGCGAGAAGAGCUCCGACGAGGUCUUCGUCUGCGAGCGCGUCUGCACCUCCAAGCGGAUGCUCAAGAAGGUGGGGGCCUUCUCCAAGGACCCCAUCCCGGAGACCUGCGUCACCGUCUGCGGCGUCUCCGAGCUCGACGCCUGCGCCGACGCCUGCGCGCGCACCGUCUGCGUCAACCAGCACCAGGUGCCCAACUGGAACGAUGUCUGCCUCAAGAGGUGCCAGAGCGAGUGCCUCAAGCUCUCCUCAACCCUCAUGUAGUGGCAAUCUUGCAAUUGUGCUGCGCUCCUUAGGUACCACCCGUCAGGCUCUUCCCUGCUUCUAUCCAUAUCAUGGUUGAGGAAAUUCAGACAAUGAUAACUAUCAUUUCUAUAUCUCAACGAAUCAGUGAAUGUGGCUGGUCCUGUUUGUUAUGUCGUCCAUUCUAUUGGCUCUUGCGCAUUUCCUCUUUAGAAAAUGUUUCUCUGUACUGAUUGUGAUUGCUAGGUGCCAUAUCCUGAUUGUUGACGCAUAAUAGAACCUGUCUGGCUCCUAGGAUGAAAUGUUGAGCUACAUAUGUGUUUCCAUGAAGUUUU